UGUGUGAUUGUCACUGUGCUGUACCACGGUGAAGAGGUAUUUUUCACUUCAAGAUACCUUGCAUUAAAAGAUCAUGGUAGACAGUUUAAUAGUUUCUUUGAGACUUCUCAGUUCCCUAGCAGUGCUGGGAUUUCAGUUUGUCAUCCCACAGCCUUCAAUUGAACACAGAAAGGUCCCGCAGAGGAUAGAAGAGCAAGGCGAUGCCCCCGAGGACAGCGGUGCCGGGGUGCCCGGGCUGUGGGGCAGCUGGGGCCCCUGGUCCGCCUGCUCGCGGAGCUGCAGCGGCGGGGUGAUGGAGCAGACGCGGCCCUGCCUGCCCGCCUAUUACCGGGAGCGCUACCGCCGCCCGGGCCGCCACUUCCCGGCCUCCGAGCGGCCUCCCCCGGGAAUCCCCCUGGCAGCCCCGCUGCCCUGCCAGGCUUUCACCCCCGUGGGCUGUCCCCUGCUGCUCUGGUGGCCUCUGCAGGCCAGCACAGGCUGGAAUGGUGGGGAACAAUCACUGCAGGAUUGGCUGGGGCAGGAGACCAUGAAGCAGAAGCAGAAAUCCUAUAGGUCCAGGGAAGUACGGCUAUGGCAAAGUGCCCUACAUCUUGCCGCUGCAGACGGACACCGGGCAGCAGCCGCAGAAGCCGCGGCGGCAGCGGCCCCCCCCCCCCCCCAGCCGCAGAAGCCGCGGCGGCAGCGGCAGUCGUCGCGGGGCGCCCUGGGCUCCUACGGCCCGGCAGCGGCGCCCUCGCUGCAGCACGGCAGCCUGUACCAGGAGCCAGCUGCGCCCCAGCCGGGCCACCACGGCCUGGGGCCCUCGCUCUAUCACCCACCUGCCUUCCCUGCCUCUCAGAGUCUGUUCCAUGGCGCUGACUCCAGCCCCCAGGCCCUGCAGGGGCAGCCCCAGCCCCAGAGGGCUGCAGCCAUCGUCUGCAUUGGUGCCUACAAGCAAUAUAAACUCUGCAACACAAAUAUGUGUCCUGAAAGCAGCAGGAAUAUUAGAGAGGUACAGUGUGCAUCAUACAAUAACAAGCCAUUUAUGGGUCGAUUUUAUGAAUGGGAGCCUUUUGCAGAAGCAUCAUUGUUAUCAAACCUAGUGAUUCAAAAUCAGCUGGGGCAAAAGAGGCUGACAGGGCUGGGAAUCAGCCCCCAGCCUUGUGACUGCCAGGAGGCAGUUUCAGCUGGCUUCCCUUUACUUGAAAUGUGUCAGAAUCCAAGCAUUGAGUGA